UGUUCUUUGGUUUUUGCUCCUAUCUAGAUGAGAGUGGAAUCGAAGCUUUACGAUUAAAACAUGUGAAACAAAAAAAAUAAAAAACAAAACCUUUCUCUACCUGAGGAAUCUGAUUAAUUCGCCUCUCUCACUUUUAGAUUUUUGUUUAAUUUUGCUUUCAUCUUGGGGGGGGGGGGGAAUCGAUGGGAAACACAAACACUGUAGAGUAAUAGCUCUUACAAAAAAAAACGAAUUUCUUUAUUGUUCUUCAGAUUUUUCUAUGAGUUUGUGAUCUUACACUUAUCUCAUUCUCGUUUGGUUAUCAAGUUGCUUCCUUUUUCACGGUCAAAUCUAAGAAAUUUCCUUCGUGAAUUUGAUGGGCCUAUAGGUUUCUUUUUGCCAAUAAAAUCACAAUUUCUCUGCUUCGUGUUCUACUUUUACGAGUCUCGUUGAUUUCUCCCUUUCUCUUCCUCUACGAAUUAGAAAUUAGGGUUUUAUUUUAUACUCCGAUUAUUCGUGCCUUCAGGACGAACUUAUUCGUUGUAUUUCUUUAGGGUUUCGUACCUUGCUGAGCUUCAAUUCGAUUUUCAGAGGGAUAUAAACUUUGGUAAUGCUUUGAAUGAUGUUUCAUGGUCAAGGGUUUUCGAGAAACCGUUGUAAUGUUGUGGCAGUUGUUUGUGGAGAGCUUAGCGAUAACCAGAAAGCUGAAGCUCAUCAACCCAACUACCCUAUUCCAGAUCUCUCUUCUUCAGGGCGACUCAAGUUUCAGGUUUUGAAUAAUCCUACCACCGAGGAGUUCCAGGUUGCAAUUAACUCCUCAGCACCGGAUAUUGUGUACUUGCAAGGGGAGCAGAGUGGAGAUAGUGAUGAAGUCGGUCCCUUAGUGUUGGGAUAUGCUGAUUUUUCUACUCCUGAUGCAUUGGUUACUCUGUUUGGCUCAACAUUACCGACAACGGUUUAUCUUGAGCUACCGAAUGGUGAAGAAUUAGCUCAAGCACUUUACUCUAAGGGUGUUCAAUAUGUUAUUUAUUGGAAAAAUGUGUUCUCGAAAUACGUAGCCUGCCAUUUCCGCCAUGCUCUGUUUUCGAUCAUUCAAAGUUCUUGCAGCGACACAUGGGAUACGUUCCAGGCUGCAGAAGCAUCUUUCCGACUCUAUUGUACGAGUAACAAUGCCGUCCCUCCUUCUGACAGCAACCGUAAAAUGAGUUAUGAGAUGGGACCCUGCUUGCUUGGAGACCCUCCAAAGAUUGAUGUGGUUUCGCCAGGAGCUGAUGACCUAGAAGAGGAAAAUUCAUUAGAGAGCCUCCCAUCCAUAAAGAUAUAUGAUGAAGAUGUAACCGUGAGGUUUCUUUUGUGUGGACCACCAUGCACACUGGAUACUUGUUUACUGGGAUCUUUGGUGGAUGGACUCAAUGCUCUCUUGAGAAUAGAAAUGCGAGGAAGUAAGCUACACAACCGUUCUAGUGCUCCAGCACCUCCUCUUCAAGCAGGAACAUUUACUCGUGGUGUAGUGACCAUGCGUUGUGAUAUCUCAACAUGUUCUUCUGCUCACAUAUCAAUGCUGGUGUCUGGAAAUGCGCAGACCUGUUUCAGUGAUCAGCUUUUGGAAACUCACAUAAAACAUGAGGUGGUUGAGAAGAUCCAACUAGUCCAUUCAGUGGUGAAGUCAGAAGAAACAAAGCGAUUUUUCUCUGAGCCUCGGAGAUCUGCCUCCGUAGCUUGUGGGGCAAGUGUGUGUGAAGUUUCAAUGCAAGUCCCAACAUGGGCUCUGCAGGUUUUAAGACAGCUGGCGCCGGAUUUGUCAUACCGGAGUUUGGUUGUCCUUGGAGUAGCCAGCAUUCAGGGGUUAUCUGUUGCUUCCUUUGAAAAAGAUGAUGCAGAACGUUUACUUUUCUUCUGCGGACAACAGAUCAAUGAUACUUCUAACCAUGAUGCUCUUCUUUCCAAAAUCCCUCACUGGUUCACGCCUCCCUUGCCAACCAGAAAAAGAUCCGAGCCGUGCAGAGAAAGUAAGGAAAUCGAAAACGGAGGACCUACAUCAAGGAAAAUCAACGUGGCUGCUUUGAGACCAAUACCUCACACUCGUAGACAUAAGAUGAUACCUUUCUCUGGUUACUCUGAAAUUAGAAGAUUUGAUGGUGACCACACCAAAGGAAGCUUGCCUAUGCCUCCAAAGUAUGGUGCAUCAGGUGGCACCCCAGUAACUCACCGUAAAGCUUUUUCUGGUUCGUAUCAGAGGAAGCAAAUCAUCUCACUAAACCCUCUGCCUCUCAAGAAACACGACUGUGGAAGAGCGCAUAUUCAGAUUUGCUCAGAGGAGGAAUUUCUGAGGGAUGUGAUGCAGUUUCUGAUAAUACGAGGACAUAGCCGGCUUGUUCCUCCAGGGGGAUUAGCUGAGUUUCCUGAUGCUGUUCUCAACUCAAAACGGCUUGAUCUGUUCAACUUGUACCGAGAGGUUGUAUCACGGGGAGGGUUCCACGUAGGGAAUGGGAUCAACUGGAAAGGACAAGUUUUCUCAAAGAUGCGGAACCACACACUCACAAACAGAAUGACUGGAGUGGGCAAUACGCUGAAAAGACACUAUGAGACGUAUCUACUCGAGUAUGAGUAUGCUCAUGAUGAUGUAGAUGGAGAGUGUUGCUUAAUAUGUCGCAGUAGCACGGCGGGUGACUGGGUGAACUGUGGAUCGUGUGGAGAGUGGGCUCAUUUUGGAUGUGACCGAAGGCCAGGCCUAGGCGCCUUUAAGGAUUAUGCGAAAACGGAUGGGUUGGAAUAUGUGUGCCCAAACUGUAGCGUCUCUAAUUACAGAAAGAAGUCUCAGAAGACCUCCAAUGGCUUGCUUGUCCCUUAGUUUCACGUUUCUUAUUUUAUUUUUCCUUUUUUUCUUUAGAAACCAAAUGAUAGAUUCCUACUCUAGACAUUUCACGAGUAUUUGCAAUGUAAAAGUCUUUCUUGUUUCAUUUCUCUCUAUAAUGAGUUAACCACAACGAUAUUAAUUGAUAGACUUUU